AUGGAUUGGUCCCAAGCCACCAUUCCUAUUGGGAAAAGACAAGUUAUUUUACAACCAGAACCAAAGUCUAAAUUUACUAUUUUCCCAACAGAUGAUCCUAAAGCACAAAUUUUGUAUCAAGAAUGUGAUUUUGGCAGCUAUAUGAUUUUGUCUGACAAUGGGGUCAUAGCUUCAGCUCAUCAGUCACAAAGAGCCAAUGAAAUUUGGGGUAUGGAGUUUGAUGGCAGUUGUUUAGCAUCUGGUUCAGGGGUAGGGGUUGUUUUAAUUCCUCCUUCUGGAAAGCCCAUUCCAUUUUCCUUUAAGUUACAAUUUAUGAAUACAAAUAAUAUAGCCAAGUAUGAAGCUUUGUUGUUAGGACUGUCUCAAGCAAAGAAAUUGGGAAUAAGGCUGCUACGAGUUAAAGGGGAUGUAGAGUUGAUUGUGAAGCAAGUCAAGGGGUUAUUUAGUGUCAAGAAUGAGAGAUUGAGGCAUUACAGGAAUAGAGUAUGGGAUGAAAUUGAAGGGUUUGAUGUAUUCUUUAUUGAAGCUAUUCAUAGAGAGCGAAAUUCUAAAGUUGACUCUUUAGUAGUAUCGGCUUCCCUUCUAGUUCCACAUCCAGAAUUUACAAAUGAUACUUAUCAAGUAGAACUGAUUUAUCGACCAAGUGUGCCUGAUAACUCAACAUUUUGGUAG